CAAACAAAAAUAAAAACGAGCUACGUUGCCACAAAAAAAGCAGAAGAUGCCAGAAGAAGUACAGGUGUUUGUCCCCAAUGUCUAAGAAGCUCAGGAGAGGCAUAUGCCCCUGUGUUUCACUGCCUGCAUGGAAUACAUGUCAGCCGCACAACUCCCCCUGCAGCUUCUGUAGGGUCAGUGGGCCAGAUGCUGGUCUCUCUGCUAAGCACUCUGUUUUCACUGACUUCAGCUGGGGCUGUCAUGAUUGUGUCUUGAUAUGCCUUAGAGUGGAGAUGACCCCCAAACUUAUAGCUGCUGUUGUUCUGCUGAGUCUGGGUUUGGAAGGCUGUUCCAGCCAGCACUGGUCCUAUGGGUUGCGCCCUGGAGGAAAGAGAAGCGCGGAACACUUGGUCGAUUCUUUCCAAGAGAUGGGCAAAGAGGUGGAUCAACCGGCAGAACCCCAGCACUUCGAAUGCACUGUCCACUGGCCCCGCUCGCCCCUCAGGGACCUGAGAGGAGCUCUGGAAAGUCUGAUCGAAGAGGAAAACAGGCAGAAGAAGAUGUAAGUGCACUGGCCCCGAAGGAUCCGCAACACCCAAGUAUGACGUGGACAUUUUAAAAUGUGACCUGUUAUAGAUCUGUACUUGUGUGUUUCAGCAUUUCUAUGC